CACACACAGAUGAGGGUCCUCGGAGAUGCCCUGCCGAGUCUCUGUUCAGAACCAGGGCGGCUGGCAGCCCCUCACCCCUUCCCUCUCUCUAGGACGGUUCCCUGCCACACCCUCCCUCUCACAACAACCGGGCCCCUCAGUGGCCGCAGGACAGAACGUGACCCUGCUGUGUCGGUCAUGGGUUCCCAUGGACACUUUCCUUCUGUCCAAGGAGGGGGCGGCCCACCCCCCGCUGCGUCUUAGGUCACAGCCCCGAGCUGGGCAGAACCAGGCCCAGUUCUCCAUGGGUCCUGUGACCUCAGCCCAUGGGGGCACCUACAGGUGCUACGGCUCACUCAGCAGGGACCCCUACCUGCUGUCACAGCCCAGUCAGCCCCUGGAGCUCGUGGUCUCAGGAGGCUCCCAGGAUCAGCCCCUCCCCCCCACGGACUCAGGCCCCCGCAGGGGCCUCCCAUGGUACCUGAGCCUUCUGAUCGGGGUCUUGGUGGCCUUCGUCCUGCUGCUGCUCCUCCUCCUCCUCCGACAUCGACACCGACACCGGGGUCAGGACAGAUGCAGGAAGUCAGGGGCUGCAGACCCAGAGCCCGAGGACAGAGGCCUGCAGAACAGCUCCAGCCCAGCCGCCGACACCCAGGACCAGAACCUCUAUGCUGCCCUGAAGGACACACAGUCUGAGGAGGGGACGGAGCUGGACCAUCUGCCCCGCGGCUCAGGAGGAUGCGUGGAUAAGGGAAUGGCCCGCAAGUGCCCAGGCUCCCGUCCUUCCUGCUCCCAACAGACGGGCCCAGGGGAGCACCUCGCCCGGCACCCUAACGGGCAGCAUGGAGCCCUCCAGGAGCAGACCUACGCCCAGGUCAACCACUCCAGAUCGAGAGUGAGGCGGGGGGUGGCCCCCUCUCCUCCCUCCCCGUCGGGGGCACUGCUGGACAGACCAGCCGAAGAUGACAGGCAGGGGGACGGUCAGGCUGCUGCAUCUGCAGAUGCCCAGGACGUGACCUACGCCCAGCUGAGCCACGGGACCCUCAGUCGGGGGACAACGGCACCCCCUCCCUCCCAGUCUGGGGAGCCCCCAGCAGAGCCCAGCGUGUAUGCUGUUCUCGCCAUCCGCUAGCCCCCCAAGGACCCAGACCCCGCAUUCCAGGGACUGGAUUGCAGGCACCCCAGCAGGCACGGGAGCUGCUGGCCGUGGACACCCCCUAAGGACCACCCCCCAGCCAGGACUCCUCACACAGACUCCGGGUGCCCUCUGGGGUCACCUUCCACCCUAAGGAACUAACAACCCCACAUGUUGGACAUAAAGCAACAGACAUCUCAACUACCAGGGAUUUGGAAAGAGAAUCGUACAUUAUUCCAAACAAAGGUAGAAAGAGGGAAAUUAGAAUGACAAGAAUCACUACCAAGGAGGACAAGCAAAAACUGGAGGAAAAUCCAGAGAGCCAACAUGCCAUUCUUGCCAACACCGAUCACACGCUCAAACCCCAGGCACGGGAACCAAGGGUCAAGGGACGAAGGCACACGUGACCCUUGUCGGGACACUACGCAGACCCUACAGAUGGGGUUUUCUGGGGUUUUUCUUUUCUGGCCACGCCUGCAUCAUGCAGAAGGUCCUGGACCAGGGAUCAAACCCUCACCACAACAAUGACAAUGCCGGAUCCUUA